AUGACUCGGUGUCCCGGAUGGAAGAGCCUGGUGUUCCAGACACGCUCCGGCAGCUGUGAACAAGUGAGCCUUGAUAGCACCGGGCUCCGUAAAGGUCUCGUGCUCCUGGAGCGACAGGCUCCAUCUCACGGCGAGGCCACACAGCAGAGGAAGAGUAGGAUGGAGGCGAGUGAGCGCUCUCGCUCACGGCCACCCCACCCUCAGGAAGUGUCGUGCGACACGCGGCCUCAUGAGAUGCGAGCCCCAGAGCAGGUGGACCUGCUGCUGGACAGUCAGCACAUGUCUCUCAAUCCCCUGAACUGUGCCCUCCUUCCUGCCCCCGGCCACUGCAGGAAGCUGAGGGGCAGAGAAGGGGCAGACCCCAACCCUUUCUCUCAGGUCCCAUCUAUCUGCUGGAUGGUGCCUUCCUGCUGCAUCCUCAAUCACCUGGCACUGUGGAUUCUGGGCCUCCUGCUCAGAGCUGCUGUUCCAGACACCUGCCAGCAGCCAGGGGUCGCCGGUUGGCGCCUAAUGACCAUGUGUUUGGGAGAUGUUUCCCAUUACAAGAAGCAUGUAGCUGCGUCUGGUAUACAGGGUUCCCAUCACAGGAAGCACGUGACUGCAUCUGAUAUAUGGGGUUCCCAUCACAGGAAGCACGUGACUGCAUCUGGUAUAUGGGGUUCCCAUCACAGGAAGCACGUGGCUGCAUCUGGUAUACGAGGUUCCCAUCACAGGAAGCACGUGGCUGCAUCUGGUAUACGGGCUUCCCAUCACAGGAAGCACGUGGCUGCAUCUGGUAUACGGGUUCCCAUCACAGGAAGCACGUGGCCGCAUCUGGCUGCGUCUGGUAUAUGUGGUUCCCAAGACGGGAAGAAGCACGUGGCUGCAUCUGGUAUACCAGGUUCCCAUCACAGGAAGAAUGUGCCUGUGUCUGGUAUAUGGGAUUCCCAUCACAGGAAGCACGUGGCUGCGUCUGAUAUACAGGGUUCCUACUGCAUGAAGCACGUGCCUGCGUCUAGUCUACCAGGUUCCCAUCACAGGAAGCACGUGGCUGCGUCUGGCUGCAUCUGGUAUAUGGGGUUCCCAUCAUGGGAAGCACGUGCCUGCAUCUGGUAUACUGGUUUCAUUUAUUUUCCUGCCCUUAUUCUGUACCUAAACCCAUCAUCUAUUUCUUAUGAAUUUUUAUUUUCAUCAAUAUGUACACUUCUAUCAACUUCCUAAAAUUCUUUCUUGACACAUAUCUUUUACAGAUCAAUACAAUUACUAAACUAACUGAA